GGGAAGUAAUUAGUGAUGAAAUAAAUAUGUCAGUAAUUGCAGUGUUUUUAAGUGUGGUGGUGAUUGUAGCAGGUAGCCCUUCACCACAUGCUGACUAUAUUGAAGAGUUGAUCAGGACCAAUGCAUUCGGAGGUCGCAUCUCAGAUAAUAUUUUGGAAGACGCAACUCUAGAUUUGCCAGAUUUAGUAAGAAAAUAUAACUAUCCAUUUGAAGAGCAUUUUGUGACGACUGAAGAUGGCUAUAUUUUGGGAAUGCACCGAAUUCCACAUGGCCGAGUUUCGUACAAUGUUUCGGGAGAUAGACCGGUUGUUUUUCUUAUGCACGGGUGGCCUACGUCUUCCUCCGAUCAUGUAAUUAUGGGACCUGGAUCCGGAAUAGCCUAUAUUUUAGCUGACGAAGGUUAUGACGUCUGGAUGGGUAACACUCGCGGUAAUUCCUUUUCACGCAAACACAUAAGUCUAAAUCCAGACGUUCCCAGAAAUGGUUUUUGGGAAUUCUCUUGGGAUGAAAUCGGAGAAAGGGAUUUGCCAGCAAUGAUUGACUAUGCUCUUCAACAUACAGGAAGAUCGGCAUUACAUUAUAUUGGUUUCUCUCAGGGAACAACUGUUUUCUUUGUAAUGGGUUCACUCCGACCAGAGUAUAAUAAGAAAAUUAUAUCCAUGCAUGCAAUGGCACCUGUGGCCUAUAUGGAACAUGUAAAGGACCAUAUAUUUACGAAGAUAGCACCUUACGGAAGAGACUUGAUGACAUUAGCUUCUUUAUUGGGAAUCGAAGAAAUUUUGUCUCAUCACGAGAUUUUCACAUUACUGGGUCGUCUUUUUUGUAUUGAUGGAGCAAAAACACAGCCUUUUUGUAGUGCUAUAAUAUUUUUAAUAGCUGGAUGGAAUGAGAACCAGCACAAUGCGUCAACAAUACCAAUCAUAUUAGGACAUACACCAGCGGGUUGUUCAGUGAAACAAAUGGCCCACUUUGGACAAAGUAUUACGGAUAAAGAAUUUCGUAGAUACGAUUUUGGUCUUCUGCAAAAUUUACAAAAAUAUGGCACACCAAUCCCACCUAGUUACGAUUUAUCUAAAGUUACUGCUCCCGUCUUCCUCCAUUAUUCAGAAGGAGAUCCGUUAGCAGUCGUUGCUGAUGUAGACAGAUUAUUUAAAGAAUUAGGAAGGCCAAUGGGUAAAUUUAAAGUAUCACAGUCGACGUUCAGUCACGUGGAUUUCAUGUGGGGCAUUGAUGCGAAAAAAAUGGUAUAUGACAAAGUGAUAAACUUCAUGCGACUUAUGGAUCUUAAAAAUUGACAAAAGAUUAGAUCU